AUGGCUUUCGGCAAGCUUUACGGUCGUCGUGACAACACUCGCACCAUCUCCAUCCUCGUUGCUGCUAAGCACAACGACUUGGAGCUUGAGCUCGUCGAGACGCAGGCCAACCCAGCUGCCGACUUCAACAAGUCUGAUGCCUACACCAAGCUUCAGCCUCUAGGCAAGAUCCCCGCUUUCGAGGGUGCCAAUGGCUUCACCCUCUCUGAGGUUAUCGCCAUUGCCGUCUACGUGACCUCUCAAAACGAGAAGACAACUCUUCUCGGCAAGACCAAGCAGGACUACGCUUCCAUCCUCCGGUGGUUGUCCUUCGCCAACUCCGAGCUCCUUAUCAGCUUCGGCUCUUGGUUCCGCCCUCUCCUUGGCCUCGAUGGCUACAACAAGAAGAGCGUUGACGAUGCUGCCAAGGCUGCCCUGAAGAAGCUCGGCGUCCUCAACGCCCACCUCACUGCUAACACCUACCUCGUCGGCGAGCGCAUCACCCUUGCUGAUCUCUUCACUGCUUCUCUCCUCACUCGCGCUUUCGCCACCGUCAUUGACAAGAAGGUCCGCUCUGACUACCCCGCCGUUGCCCGGUGGUACCAGACCAUUGUCGCUCAGCCCGCCUUCAAGGCCGUUGUUGAGAACCCCGUCCUCGUCGAUGAGGCCAUCAAGUACACUCCCCCCAAGAAGGAGGAGAAGCCCAAGGCUGCUGCCGCCGCUGCCCCUGCUGCGGAGGCUCAGCCCGCUGAGAAGAAGCCCAAGCACCCGCUUGAGGCCCUCGGCAAGCCCACUUUCAUCAUUGACGACUGGAAGCGCACAUACUCCAACGAGGACGUCCGCACCGGUGCUAUGCCCUGGUUCUGGCAAAACUACAAGGCCGAUGAGUUCUCCCUCUGGAAGGUCAGCUACAAGUACAACGAUGAGCUCAAACUCACCUUCAUGGCCAACAACCUGAUCGGUGGUUUCCACGCUCGUCUUGAGGCUUCCCGCAAAUACCUCUUUGGCUGCCAGGGUGUCUACGGUGCCAACUACGCCUGUGUCAACGAGGGUGUCUUCCUUGUCCGUGGCCAGGAAGCCACCCCUGCUUUCGAUGUCGCUCCUGACUGGGAGAGCUACAACUUCGACAAGCUCGACCCCAACAGCGAGGCUGACCGCAAGUACAUCGAGGACAUCUGGGCCUGGGACGCCCCUGUCGUUGUUGAUGGCAAGGAGCUUGCCAACGUCGACGGCCACGUCUUCAAAUAA